AAUGCUAGUGCCGACGGCCCCACUUAAAACUCGGCGCCGUUCCAUCUCCAGAUUGGAUCAUCAUCGUUCUUCGACCCCUACGACCAAACGACAUCUGGAGAUCUCAGACUUCCCCACGGAACGCUUCAAUGUCUCGAUAGACUAUUUUUACUCAUGCGCUCCUUCCGUUCACCUAUCCCGAGUCCCGCCUGGAGACUUCAGAACUAUGCGACUAUUGCACCCAAGGGGGCCCGUCUCGGCACGGCACUGAGCCUCGAUCACUUCCUCCUCCGUGCCCGAGUCAUCUCCCUCUACCGAACCAUCCUUCGAGGCACCAAGCACAUCGCUGACCCUACCACUCGAACCGAGACGCGUGGCUUUGCGCGCGCCGAGUUUGAGCGGCAUCGUGGAGUUACGGAUCUAGGCCACAUUCGCUACCUUCUAUCAACGGGAAAGACGGAGUGGGAGGGUAUGGAGCGGUCCAUUGGGGGGCUGUAGAGAUAACUACGCUAUUGCAGAUGUAGACCAGCCCAAUAUUUGUUGUGUUUAUAGACCAGACGCCGAAACAUGUACAUGUAAUAUCUGCAGGACAACCUCGCAGCAUUUCCCCAGUGAAUAGUGGUCAUGAAUCAAUGCAAGAUGCCACAGAAAUUGCUGCCUGCUUUUGUUGUACAAGUGCAUUAUGACACAGCUCGU